GAUCAAAUAAUGGCAGGAGUGGAAGCAUCAGUCCUUGAUUCGAGCCUUGAUUAUAUGAAGAGAAGAGGAGUUUCCCUCAGUAGAAACUGGCUAAAGGCUUGUGUAGCAAGCAUCAGACAAUCCCAUCCUCACUCUUUUCACAAUAUUAAUGAGGCAGUAUACACCACCUGGAUCAAUACUGAUAUGAAAGAGACCUCUCUCCCCUCACUGCCACCUGCCAUCCUUCAAGAACCAUCAGGAAUACUAACUGGCUCUCAUAUCGUACAGAUUGAGUCAAUUGUUAAUGUAGGAUCGUCUGCCUACAGUCAGUUAAUGAAACUAAAAGGAAAAGAUACUGCAGAAGAAAAUGAAACUAGCAAUGUGGAGAUGAAUAAACCAACUCGUAUGCUUCACCUCAAACUAACUGAUGGAGGUCUAACUAUUAAUGGAAUGGAAUAUUCGCUGAUUAGAUCAGUCAAUACUGACUCAUCACCUGGUAUUAAAAUAUGUUUGAAUGGCCCUAUCAGAUACAGAUUAGGUACUUUGCUAUUAACUGAUGAUAAUGUCAGUGUGUUAGGAGGAGCUGUUGAGGACCUAGUGAAUAUUAAUAAUCAAGGGAAAGUACUAGCCAGAGAAUUAAACAGAGAAGAUUUAAUCAGUGAAGGAGAAGGAAGAGAAACUACUGAAGCAUUAGAUCCAGAAUUAAUUAUGUUAAUAUCGAUCAAUGAAUUGAAGCCAUUACUAAGAACACACAAAGCACCACCUACUGUAUAUGUGAAGGCAACUAUAUUGAAGUUGAAUGGGUCCCUAUCUCCUGAUAGAGGAGUGUGGUACCUACAAGUAACAAUAGCUGAUGGUACAGGAGAGAUGCCUGCUGUACUGGGGAAUGCACCACUAGAAAUAUUAAUAGGAAUCAAUGCUAGAGACUUUUACAGUGUACCACGAACACAAGGGGAAGAAGGACUGAGGAAAUGUAAAGAAGUAUUGUCAAGGUUACACUGUGUGAUGGAGCUAACAAUAACUAAUGAACCAACUAUAACUAGAUUAUUAGAUGUAUAGAAGAAAAUAUAUAAUAAUAAUUAAUUU